AGGGGAGUGGACGGACGAGAGAGAGAGCGCUGAGAGAAAAAGUCGGGUUUCUUUGAACAAUUUCAUGUCCAUCUUGCCCAACCAAAGCCAAGGAUCCAAUUCUUCUUCUCAGUUUCCCUCUCCGAACCCUAAUUCCCAACAGCAUGGACUCUUCCAAUCUCAAUCUCAAUCCCUCUCCCGCCAAAUUCUUACAUUUGGAUCACCCGACAUCUCCGACUCCCAGUCUCCCCUCUCCGGCUCUCCCACUCCUCCAGGCCCAUCAGCACAAGAUUCCCGUGGAUCUUCCCAACAGGUGACAGGGCCAGGACUUCCUGCUAACAAUGCCAUGCCUAGCCAGGAGACACAUUCUCAGUCUGGCUCUGCUGGAGCUUACCGGUCUAGAGGGAAAAGGUCUGGGAGCCAACCUAAUAAUAUGUGUAAUGUUGCUUCUCAUGCGCAACCAGCUGGAAGAAAAUCACAGAUGAUGAAUGCCAACCACUUGUUGAACUUUCAUUAUGACCCCAUUUCGCGUCCUCAGACUAGAGGUCCUCCUCCGCCUCCUGCAAGAAGGCAGCAUAAGAGAAAGCCCUACAACAAAGAUUUGUUUCUUCAGGCAAACUACAAAUUUGUUGUCUUGGAUUCUGGAAACUACUCUGCUGAUUCAAUGGAUCCUGAUAAGAUGUUACGGUGGGAGGACAUCAUAUGUGUCAGGUAUUCCACCCCUACUUUGGUUCAGUGUCCAAUUUGUCUCGAGUAUCCUCUUUGUCCUCAGAUAACUUCAUGCGGGCAUGUAUUUUGUUUCCCAUGCAUUCUGCAAUACCUGCUGAUGGGGAAGGAGGAUCAUAAAGGCGACUGCUGGAAAAGAUGCCCUUUGUGUUUUGUGAUGAUAUCACCAAAGGAUUUAUAUACCCUCUUUGUGGAGAAUGUUAAGCAUUAUAGCGUUGGUGAUACUGUGGAGUUUAUGCUUCUUAGUCGACAAAAGGAUUCGUUCACUAUUUCCCAUAAAAGUAAACAAGAGAAAGAUGUCAUUUCAGGUUGUGUUGAUGACGGCUAUGAUCCCUUUUCAAAAUUCACAUUUACAUCAGACGUAGAUCUAUCAGUCAGAAAGGCGAUAUCAGAGCUAGAUGCUUGGUUAGUUAGGGCAGAUUCGGGGCUUGUCGAUGACCUAGAGAAGCUGCCCUACGUAUGUGCUGCAAUGGAACAAUUAGAACAGAGGAAGAAGUAUUGGAAUGAGCACCGGGCUAUUGACAACAAUAAAACUGUUUCCUCUGUUGUCUUUUCUACUGCAAAUCCUACUAAUGGUAACAGUGAAGCAUCAAUAAUCGGGGACGGAACUUUGUCUAACAGUUUCAAUGACUUCAACAAGUGUUCAGAGAAUUUCUUAGUGGACAAGUCAGAUGAUGUGACUUCUUCUGACCUAUCUGUGGAUACGGCUGAAUCUUUGGAAGGUCAUGAAAAUCUUUUGUCUUCAUAUGAUGAAAACAAGACUGUCCAAGGGAACUCACGUGUCUCUGAAAGUGUAAAAGACAGGGACGCGUACAAUUUCUACCAGGCUGCUGACGGUCAGCACAUGAUUCUUCAUCCGUUAAACAUGAAAUGUCUUCUCCACCAUUAUGGGAGCCAUGAUAUGCUGCCACAGAGAAUAAGCGGAAGGGUUUUGCAAUUGGAGACAAUAACUCAGUCAGAAGCCAUGAGAAGGCGCUAUCGGUAUUUAAGUCAUUUCUCGUUAACAACAGUACUGCAGUUCUGUGAGAUUGAUCUGAGUGAGCUAUUGUCUCCUUACGCUCUGUCUCCCUUUAUGGAAGAGAUAAAGAAGCGUGAAAGGCAGAGGAAGCAACUUGCUAGGAAGGAGCGGAAGGAGCAGAUAAAGGCUGAAUCUGCCAUGGCAUAUCCCAUCCCCAUAGUAGCAGGCUUUGCACAGUCCUUUCAUGAUGAAUCCCCAACAUUCUCCAUGGAUGACUUUGAAGCUUUGGGAAGUCCUUCAGUGACUUCAUCUAGCCCUCCAAUUGUUGGAGAAAGGAGACUGUUCUCAAGUGUUACGAGGCUUGGUUUUGCUGCUGGACAUGAUUCGCCAACCUUGAAACUAGAUGGAAAUAAUUCCCGGAAUGGCAAUGAUGCAGGAUCCUCUCUUGAGAGCACUGCUGCAGGCAGUCAAAAUGCAGGUGUAACGUCAUUUGCUAAUAUAAUAUCCAGAGCUAAACCUGAGGAAAAUUUGGAUGCACCAAAGAUUAAUGGUUCAGGGAAAAAGGGGAAGAAGCCAGGUCGAGUCCUCUUGUCAACAACUGGUGGUCGGCGCUAUUGAUAUCAUAUAGGAACUUAUUGUGCUUGUUGACAAGAGGGAUUGCCAUGUUAUUGUGUAUAUUGUGGUAGAUGGAAAAACAAAAUCAUUUAUCUACCCUUGAAGAAAUUCAUGCCUUGAUAAAAACAGAGGCAUUGUGUGCCAAGCCCCCAAGCUGUGAAUGACAAGAAUGUAUUAUGCACAACUCUUUGAUAUCUAGCUGAUAGUUCAUGUGCUCUUUAUCAGAUAAGCAAA